AUGCCAUCUGCUACUGGAAACAAGCGCGUCCGAGGCGUUUCGGUGUUCCGUCCAUUCAUUUUUGGCAGCGAAGCGCAACUCUUCGACCCCGAGAAAAAGCCGGCCAAUGCCCCUGUCGACCACACCCACCAAUGGCGCGUGUUUGUCAAGGGCAUCAACGGCGAGGACAUCUCCUACUGGCUGAAGAAGGUCCAGUUCAAGCUCCACGAAACGUAUGCGCAGAACGUACGCACGAUCGAGCAGCCUCCAUUCGAGGUCGUCGAGACCGGCUGGGGAGAAUUCGAGAUCCAGAUCAAACUCUACUUUGUGCCCGAGUCGAACGAGAAGCCGCAGACGCUGUGGCACAGCCUGAAACUGCAUCCGUAUGGGCCAGAUGCUGAGGGAAUGAAGGAGCGCCGCGAGGUGGUGGUUAGCCAGAACUAUGAGGAGAUCCUUUUCAACGAGCCGGUAGAGCCAUUCUACGAAGUCCUCACCGGAGGCUCUGCGGCAGGCCAGUUGGCGAGAGGGAAGGGGAAGAAUGCCAAACAGGGCGGGCAGGGCCGAACGGCGCAGAUUCCAUUGAAUGACGGCCCCAAAAAUGCGUACAGUCGUACGACCGAGAACAAGGAGCUCGAUCGCAUGGCCGAGGCGACCAAAACGGUUGAGCAGAUGAUCAAAGAGGAAAAAGAACGCUUGGUUGCGCGCGAAAAGACCUUGGCUGAGCUUCGUGAAAGUGAGGGUGUUCCUGCUACGACCAAGAAGAGAUGA